AAGGCUUCAGAUGCUUCUGGGUCGCGGUGGGGUGAGCUUCUGAGUCCGUGUGUGUGAGCUUGAGCGCCGAGCGCUAGAGCGACCCGGCGAGGGAUGGCGGCCACCGGGACCGCGGCCGCCGCGGCCACGGGCAAACUCCUGGUCCUGCUGCUGCUCGGGCUCACGGCGCCCGCCGCGGCUCUGGCCGGCUACAUUGAGGCCCUCGCAGCCAACGCCGGAACAGGGUUUGCUGUUGCUGAGCCUCAGAUUGCAAUGUUUUGUGGAAAGCUAAAUAUGCACGUGAACAUUCAGACUGGGAAAUGGGAACCUGACCCAACAGGCACUCAGAGCUGCUUCGGAACAAAAGAAGAAGUUCUCCAGUACUGUCAGGAGAUGUAUCCAGAACUACAGAUCACAAACGUGAUGGAGGCAAACCAGCCAGUCAGCGUGGACAACUGGUGCCGGAGAGACAAGAAGCAGUGCAAGACUCACAUCGUGAUCCCCUUCAAGUGUCUCGUGGGCGAGUUUGUAAGUGAUGUUCUGCUAGUUCCAGAAAAGUGCCAGUUUUUCCACAAGGAGCGGAUGGAAGUGUGCGAGAAUCACCAGCAUUGGCACACCGUGGUCAAGGAGGCCUGCCUGACUCAGGGAAUGACCUUGUACAGCUAUGGCAUGCUGCUCCCCUGUGGGGUGGACCAGUUCCACGGCACCGAGUAUGUGUGCUGCCCUCAGACAAAGAUUGUUGAAUCUGCUGUGUCAAAAGAAGAGGAGGAGGAGGAGGAGGAGGAGGAGGAAGAUGAAGAGGAAGACUAUGAUAUUUAUAAAAGUGAAUUUCCUACCGAAGCAGAUUUGGAAGACUUCACAGAAGCAGCUGUGGACGAGGAUGAGGAAGAUGAGGAGGAAGUGGUGGAAGAUCGCGAUUACUACUACGACACCUUCAAGGGAGACGACCACAACGAGGAGAGCCCGACCGAGCCCAGCAGCGACGGGACCGCUGCAGAGAAGGAGAUCUCUCACGGCGUCCAAGCUGUCUGCUCCCAGGAGGCGCUGACGGGGCCCUGCCGGGCCGUGAUGCCCCGGUGGUACUUCGACCUCUCCAAGGGGAAGUGCGUGCGCUUUAUAUAUGGCGGCUGCGGCGGCAACAGGAACAAUUUUGAGUCUGAGGAGUAUUGUAUGGCUGUGUGUAAAGUGAUGAUUCCCCCAACUCCACUGCCAACCAAUGAUGUCGACGUGUAUUUCGAGACCUCUGCAGAUGACAAUGAGCAUGCGCGCUUCCAGAAGGCCAAGGAGCAGCUGGAAAUCCGGCACCGAAACCGGAUGGACAGGGUGAAGAAGGAAUGGGAAGAGGCUGAACUUCAAGCCAAGAACCUCCCCAAAGCAGAGAGGCAGACUCUCAUUCAGCACUUCCAAGCCAUGGUGGAGGCCCUGGAGAGGGAAGCGGCCAGUGAGAAGCAGCAGCUGGUGGAGACGCACCUGGCGCGGGUGGAGGCCAUGCUCAACGACCGCCGCCGGGUGGCGCUGGAGAACUACCUGGCCGCCCUGCAGUCCGACCCUCCGCGGCCCCAUCGCAUUCUCCAAGCCUUGCGGCGCUACGUCCGCGCUGAGAACAAAGAUCGCCUCCACACCAUCCGUCAUUACCAGCACGUGCUGGCUGUCGACCCCGAAAAGGCGGCCCAGAUGAAGUCCCAGGUGAUGACACAUCUCCACGUGAUUGAAGAAAGACGGAACCAGAGCCUUUCUCUGCUCUACAAAGUACCUUACGUGGCCCAGGAAAUCCAAGAGGAAAUUGAUGAGCUGCUUCAGGAACAGCGAGCGGACAUGGACCAGUUCACCGCCUCCAUCUCAGAGACCCCCGUGGACGUGCGGGUGAGCUCGGAGGAGAGCGACGAGGUCCUGCCGUUCCGCCCCCUCCAUCCCUUCCCGCCCCUGCCUGAGAACGAAGACACUCAGCCGGAAGUGUAUCACCCAAUGAAAACAGGAUCUGCGCUGGGAGAGCAGGAAGGAGGACUCAUCGGGGCCGAGGAGAAAGUGAUUAACAGUAAGAAGAAAGUGGAUGAAAAUAUGGUUAUUGACGAGACCCUGGACGUGAAGGAAAUGAUUCUCAACGCCGAGAGGGUCGGAGGCCUCGAGGAGGGGCCGGAAUCCGUGGGGCCCCUGCGGGAGGACUUCAGUCUGAGCAGCAGUGCCCUCAUCGGUCUGCUGGUCAUUGCGGUGGCCGUCGCCACGGUCAUCGUCAUCAGCCUGGUGAUGCUGAGGAAGAGGCAGUACGGCACCAUCAGCCACGGGAUCGUGGAGGUCGACCCAAUGCUCACCCCAGAAGAGCGUCACCUGAACAAGAUGCAGAAUCAUGGUUACGAAAACCCAACCUACAAAUACCUGGAGCAGAUGCAGAUUUAAGCAGGCGAAGCACGACACCCGGCUGGAGUCGGGGGGUUGGUGAGGCAGGCAGCAGAUGUCCAGAGGUUUGGAUCUACGACUGACCGACAGUUACUUCCAGAGGAUUUCAUCUUACACUCAGACCUCCUGGAUCUUAAGACUAUAAAGUACUACUGUAGAAUCACAAUUUCCAUUCUUUUUAAAUGGGUGAAAAAAAUGUUAAUAUAACAAUAUAUGAUAUAUAGACCUUAAAUGAAGUGAAAAAAUUAUCUAUUACAGA